AUGAUUGACGAUGGAACCCAAACCAGAGGAGAGCUUUUCGAACUGAUAAGAAAUUUAGAAUGGGAGAUGAGCAUUACAAUUAAUGACUAUUACACCAAGCUGUUUGAGCAUCAUAUUCCUUAUCUGCUCGCAGAAUAUCUUGUUAUCUCUGGUGACAUCACUGUCAAUGACGUCGUCGUUUCCGAGCCGCCCACAGAAGAAGAAGAACAGUAA